GUUUUAUUUUUCUCCCUGACAAUACAAAAGUAGUAAUCCACUUGAAAAAACCUAAAGACUCGCGUUGAGAGACAGACAAAACAAGGACUGUGUUUUGUUGUGCUCGCAGUCACAGGCUCUCUCGGUCUCGUGAAGCCAUUAGCAGAGGGAGAGAGAGACUAAAACCCCAUCUCGCUUUCUUCGUUGCUACAUCAUCCUGGCGAUGACUACCUCCCAGGCAGCUCGUGCGACUCUGUUUUUAAACGGUUCCAAUAGACAAACAACGCUUCUGCAGAGAAGCUCAACAAAUCAAUUAUGGGGUUCCGUUAGAUUCCAAACCUCAAAGCCGCGGUCUUUGAAUUUGAACCGAACUAAAGCUGCUGGCUUGAGAUGCUCUACGCCUAGAGCGUCUCUCUCCGUUGUUGAGCAACCGAGCUUGGUUGAGAAGCCUGCUUCAGAGGUUAUCCAUUACUACCGAGUGCCAUUGAUUCAAGAAAGCGCAAACGCUGAGCUUCUCAAGGCGGUUCAAACCAAAAUCAGCAACCAGGUUGUCGGUUUAUCAACUGAGCAGUGUUUCAACAUUGGUCUUGAGACUGAAUUAGCAGAAGAAAAGGUGUCUGUUCUGAAGUGGAUUCUUCAAGAAACAUUUGAGCCAGAGAAUCUAGGAACUGAUAGUUUUCUUGAGAGGAAGAAGCGGGAAGGACUUCACGCUACAAUCAUUGAAGUAGGUCCCAGGCUCUCUUUCACAACAGCAUGGUCCACCAACGCAGUUUCGAUAUGCAGAGCUUGUGGUUUAAACGAAGUGACUCGCUUAGAAAGGUCUAGGAGGUACCUCCUGUUUAGCAACGAGCCACUCUCAGAGAAUCAAACAAACGAGUUCGCUGCAAUGGUUCACGAUAGAAUGACCGAGUGUGUCUACCUUCAAAAGCUGACUUCAUUUGAGACUAACGUGGUUCCUGAGGAAGUGAAGUAUGUGCCUGUGAUGGAGAAAGGGAGAGAGGCUUUGGAAGAAAUCAACCAGAAGAUGGGUUUAGCAUUUGAUGAGCAAGAUCUGCAGUAUUACACAAGACUUUUCAGAGAUGACAUCAAGCGUAACCCCACCAAUGUGGAGCUGUUUGACAUCGCUCAGUCCAACAGCGAGCAUAGUAGGCACUGGUUCUUCGCUGGGAACAUUGUUAUUGAUGGGAAGCCAAUGGAUAGGUCUCUUAUGCAGAUUGUAAAGAGCACUUGGGAGGCAAAUAGAAACAACUCAGUCAUUGGGUUUAAGGACAACUCCAGUGCUAUAAGAGGCUUCAUGGUGAACCAGCUACGUCCUCUCCUUCCUGGCUCCACUUGCUUACUUGAUCUCAGUGCACGUGAUCUUGACAUACUCUUCACUGCUGAGACACAUAACUUCCCUUGCGCGGUGGCUCCUUACCCUGGCGCUGAGACAGGCGCUGGAGGAAGAAUCAGAGACACGCACGCAACUGGAAGAGGCUCUUUCGUGGUUGCAUCCACCUCUGGCUACUGUGUUGGGAACCUCAACAUGGAAGGCUCUUACGCUCCAUGGGAAGACUCUUCUUUCCAAUACCCAUCAAACCUUGCCUCACCGUUGCAGAUACUUGUAGACGCUAGCAACGGUGCGUCUGACUAUGGGAAUAAAUUUGGAGAGCCGAUGAUUCAGGGAUACACCAGGACCUUUGGGAUGAGGCUGCCGAGUGGGGAGAGACGAGAGUGGCUGAAACCGAUUAUGUUCAGUGCUGGGAUUGGACAGAUUGACCACUCUCAUAUAACCAAAGGCGAGCCGGAAGUUGGGAUGCUUGUAGUCAAGAUCGGUGGACCUGCGUACCGUAUUGGAAUGGGAGGAGGUGCUGCUUCGAGUAUGGUCAGUGGUACGAACGAUGCUGACCUUGAUUUCAACGCUGUGCAGCGUGGAGACGCUGAGAUGUCUCAGAAGCUCUACCGUGUGGUUCGUGCUUGCAUUGAGAUGGGGGAGAAGAAUCCUAUUGUUAGUAUUCAUGAUCAAGGCGCUGGUGGGAACUGUAAUGUGGUGAAAGAGAUUAUUUAUCCCAAAGGUGCUGAGAUUGAUAUAAGAGCUGUUGUUGUUGGUGAUCACACUAUGUCGGUGUUGGAGAUUUGGGGAGCUGAGUAUCAAGAGCAAGAUGCUAUUUUAGUGAGAGCUGAGAGUAGAGAGGUUUUGGAGUCGAUCUGUAAGAGGGAGAGGCUUUCAAUGGCUGUGCUUGGGACGAUUAAUGGAGAAGGUCGUUGUACUUUAAUCGACAGCACAGCUAAAGCGAAGUGUGAGAAGGAAGGCUUACCUCCACCUCCUCCUGCUGUUGAUCUUGAGCUGGAGAAGGUUCUUGGCGACAUGCCUAAGAAGACGUUUGAGUUCAAGCGCGUUGAUUACGCGCGGGAGCCGCUUGAUAUAGCUCCCGGGAUUACGUUGAUGGACUCUUUGAAAAGAGUUCUGAGGUUACCCUCGGUGUCUUCAAAGCGGUUCUUGACAACCAAAGUUGAUAGAUGCGUGACUGGUCUAGUUGCGCAGCAGCAAACAGUUGGACCGUUGCAGAUCACUCUUGCUGACGUUGCAGUGAUAGCACAGACGUUCACUGAUCUUACAGGCGGUGCGUGUGCCAUUGGUGAGCAACCUAUUAAAGGUCUGCUUGAUCCAAAAGCCAUGGCGAGACUAGCCGUUGGAGAGGCGUUGACGAAUCUUGUUUGGGCGAAGGUUACUGCGUUGUCUGAUGUUAAAGCUAGUGGUAACUGGAUGUAUGCUGCUAAGCUUGAAGGAGAAGGUUCAGCGAUGUAUGAUGCUGCGAUUGCUCUAGCUGAUGCCAUGAUUGAGCUUGGGAUUGCGAUUGAUGGUGGGAAAGAUAGUCUCUCAAUGGCAGCUCAUGCGGAUGGUGAGGUUGUUAAGGCUCCAGGGAACCUUGUGAUCAGUGCUUAUGUUACAUGUCCUGACAUCACAAAGACAGUGACUCCAGAUCUGAAGCUUGAUGGUGGUGUUCUGUUACAUGUUGAUUUGGCAAAGGGGAAGCGGAGGUUAGGUGGAUCUGCACUGGCUCAGGUCUUUGGUCAGAUUGGGAACGACUGUCCUGAUGUUGAUGAUGUUCCUUAUCUGAAAAACGUCUUCGAGGGAGUUCAAGCUCUCAUCUCAGAGGACUUGGUAUCUGCUGGACAUGAUAUCAGCGACGGUGGACUAAUCGUAGCAGCUUUGGAAAUGGCCUUUGCUGGAAACAAAGGUGUAAGCCUCAACUUAGAUUCAAACGGGAUAAGCCUCUUUGAGACUUUGUUUGCUGAAGAACUCGGUCUCGUGAUGGAGAUUAGCAACAAGAACUUAGACGCUGUGUUGGAGAAGCUCCGUGGUUUUAAUGUUGCGGCUGAGAUCAUUGGGAAAGUCACCGAGUCUCCUUUGAUUGAGGUGAAAGUGGAUGGGAUCACUCAUUUGAGUGAGGAAACUUCUUUCCUCAGAGACAUGUGGGAGGACACGAGUUUCCAGCUGGAGAAGCUUCAGAGACUAGCGUCUUGUGUGGAGAUGGAGAAAGAAGGUUUGAAGCUGAGGCAUGAGCCUAACUGGAAGCUCUCAUUUACUCCUUCCUGGACCAAUGAUAGUUAUAUGUCUAAGGAUGUUAAACCGAGAGUAGCUGUAAUCCGAGAGGAAGGCAGCAACGGAGACAGGGAGAUGUCAGCAGCAUUCUACGCUGCUGGUUUUGAACCGUGGGAUGUGACAGUGUCUGACCUCUUAGCUGGAGCAAUCACUCUUGAUGAGUUCCGUGGGAUAGUCUUUGUUGGAGGGUUUAGUUACGCUGAUGUACUCGACUCAGCCAAAGGAUGGGCUGCUUCAAUCAGAUUCAACGAGCCUCUUCUAAGUCAGUUCCAGGAGUUUUACAAAAGACCAGACACCUUCAGCCUCGGAAUCUGCAACGGCUGUCAGCUAAUGGCAUUGUUAGGAUGGGUUCCAGGCCCUCAAGUCGGCGGGUCACUCGACACGGCGCAGCCGAGGUUUGUCCACAACGAGUCAGGAAGGUUUGAGUGCAGGUUCACAAGCGUGACCAUUAAGGACUCGCCGUCGAUAAUGCUGAAGGGAAUGGAGGGAAGCACCUUAGGAGUUUGGGCGGCUCAUGGAGAAGGACGAGCUUAUUUCCCUGACGAAGGAGUCUUGGACCGUAUGCUUCAUUCAGAUUUGGCUCCGUUGAGAUACUGUGAUGAUGAUGGGAGCGUGACUGAAGCUUAUCCUUUUAAUCUUAAUGGUUCACCGUUGGGGAUAGCGGCUAUAUGCUCGCCUGAUGGGAGACAUUUGGCGAUGAUGCCUCAUCCUGAACGGUGUUUCUUGAUGUGGCAGUAUCCGUGGUACCCGAAGGGGUGGGAGGUUGAGAAAGCUGGGCCGAGUCCGUGGUUGAAGAUGUUCCAGAAUGCUAGGGACUGGUGCUCUCAGCUUUAAGAGUCAUCUUUUAAGCAUAUGGCGUUAUGAAUCUUUUUCUAGAGUGUUUUGUUGUGCGUUUGGUAUUUGCCGAGUUUUCGAAUCUGCUGUUUAGUGAGAGUGCUCUGACACUUGGGUCUACGUUUUGAAUUUGAUUAUACAUUUUCAUAUGAAGAAAUAAGAAAAUAGUAAAUCGAGUAUGUUAUC